AUGGUGCUUGUUACAUUGAGGGGCAUUACGACGACGGCAGUUCUGUUCUGCCAGGCCAUUUCGGCUCUCGCGGAGAGCUCAGAUCCAAUUCACGUCGACGGCACCUCUUUCGCCCUCAACGGCGAUAACGUCUCAUACCGGUUCCACGUCGACAACACCACUGGAGACCUUAUCAAUGACCACUACGGCGGCCCCGUUGCCGAAGAUGGAAUCACCGCUGAGAUCGGCCCCAUCCAAGGCUGGGUCAACUUGAUCGGCCGUGUCCGACGCGAAUUCCCCGACCACGGCAGAGGAGACUUCCGCAUCCCAGCGUUCCAGCUCCAACAAGCCAGCGGCACGACCGUCACCGACUUUCGCUACAAGUCUCACGAGGUUGUGCAAGGAAAACCUGGAUUACCUGGUCUUCCGUCGACGUUUGGCGAGGCUGAUGAUGUGUCGACUUUGGUGGUGCGCAUGUAUGACAAUUAUAGCUCUAUUGCUGUUGAUCUGUCGUAUUCGAUCUUUCCGAAAUAUGAUGCUGUUGUGCGGAGUGUGAACAUCACGAAUCGUGGGAAUGCGACGGUGAAUUUGAAAAGGGUUUCGAGUUGGAGUGUUGAUUUACAGCAGGAUAAUCUGGAUCUUAUUGAGAUCAGGGGUGAUUGGGCUCGUGAGGGCAUGCGCGUGCGUCGAAAGGUUGACUUUGGAACUCAAGGAUUCCAAAGCUCUACUGGUUAUUCGUCUCAUCUUCACAACCCGUUCCUCGCUCUCGUUGCAUCAACGACUACAGAAAGUCAAGGCGAAGCUUGGGGCUUCUCCCUGGUGUACACCGGCUCCUUCGCCGUUGACGUCGAGAAGAGCUCACAGGGACUCACCCGCGCCAUUCUCGGUGUCAAUUCUCUCGACUUCUCGUGGCCACUGAAACCUGGACAAACCUUCACCACUCCCGAGGUCGUCUCCGUCUUCUCAAACAAAGGUGUCGGCGGCAUGUCCAGACAAUUUCACCGCUUGUACAGAAAGCAUUUGAUGAAGAGUAAAUAUGCAGAAGAGACACGUCCUGUUCUUCUCAACAGCUGGGAGGGCUUGGGUUUCGAAAUCAACGAGACUGCUAUUGAAAAGAUCGCCAAACAAUCUGCAGACCUCGGUAUCAAGCUGUUCGUCAUGGAUGAUGGCUGGUUCGGUAACAAGUACCCGCGAGUUAACGAUUCAGCUGGUCUUGGAGACUGGCAGCCUAACAUGGAACGCUUCCCUGAAGGAUUGACACCUCUUGUUGAGAACGUCACGGAUCUAAGAAUUGCCAAUGCCUCCGAUGAUCUCAAGUUCGGUAUCUGGUUCGAGCCCGAAAUGGUGAACCCCAAAUCAGACUUGUACGACAAACACCCCGACUGGGCGAUCCACGCAGGCUCCUAUCCCCGAACUGAGACGCGUAACCAAUUGGUUCUCAAUGUAGCUCUGCCCGAGGUCCAAGAGUUCAUCAUCGACUCCGUUUCCAAGAUCCUCCGCGAGUCACCGAUUUCCUACGUCAAGUGGGAUAAUAACCGUGGAAUCCACGAGACGCCUGAUCCUACUCUCAACUACAAGUAUAUGCUUGGUCUUUAUCACGUCUUUGAGACUUUGACGAGUCGCUUCCCUGAUGUUCUAUGGGAAGGCUGUGCUUCAGGCGGUGGUCGGUUUGAUCCCGGUGUUCUUCAGUGGUUCCCUCAGAUUUGGACGUCGGAUGAUACAGAUGCGGUUGAGCGUAUUGCUAUCCAGUUCGGCACGUCACUUGCGUACCCUCCAUCUGCCAUGGGAGCCCAUCUAUCGCAUGUGCCUAAUGGAAAUACCCAGAGAAUAACAUCCGUCAAGUUCAGAGCCCAUGUUGCAAUGAUGGGCGGCUCCUUUGGCGUCGAACUUGACCCAAGCGAUCUUGAGCCUGAAGAGAGGGAACAGAUUCCUGGUCUCAUUGAACUUUCUGAAAAGAUUAACCCCAUCGUCAUCACCGGCGACUUUUAUAGACUUGCAUUGCCUGAGGAAACUAACUACCCAGCUGGGCAGUUCAUUUCUGAGGAUGGCAAGAAAGUUGUCCUUUUUGCGUUCCAGACGAGGGCGACUAUCAAUAAUUCUUGGCCUUGGUUCCGACUUCAAGGUUUGGAUGCAAGUGCCAAGUACAGGGUGGACAAUAACCAGACGGUUUCUGGUUCGACGCUGAUGAACAUGGGUAUCCAAUUGACGUUUGAGGGGGAUUAUGAUAGCCAUGUCUUGAUGAUUGAGAAGCAAUAG